AUAGAUACUUCGUCAGUAAAUUGAGUACAGCCUCUAUGACCUUCACCUUGGUUUUAGCCUUAGCAAAAUUGAUUUAAGAAAGGUGUUCACCUAUCUCCCUCCUUCCUUUUUCCCUUCUGUUGGUUUUGUGGGGAGGUUGGGAUCAGUUUAAGGAGAGAAACAAAAUUGGAGAUUUUCUACCAAAGAAGAAAGAUGGGUUUUGGACUCGCAUCUUGGAGUCUCUUCCUUCAUAUACUAAUCGUUUGCAAUCUGCAUGUCAUCCAGUUUGCUCAUGGAAGUGGAGCCAGGGAGUUGACCAACAAACACCAUGGAGAUCAGCUUCUAGAUCAUAUAAAAUUAUAUGAUUCCCAACGACAUCCCACGGAUGAUCCUGCUAAGCAAGACCAUGUUCAUGCUCAUCAUUCAUCCCACAUGCAUCACAUGGACCCUUCUUCAAUGAUCUUCUUCACCAUGAAGGAUCUAAAGGUAGGAAAAACAAUGCCCGUCUAUUUCCCCAAGAGAGAUCCUUCAACUUCUCCUCACUUGUUGCCUAGAGAAGAAGCUGACUCAAUUCCCUUCUCACUAAAACAACUCCCACACCUUCUUGAAUUCUUCUCUUUCUCCCCAGACUCUCCCCAAGCCAAAGCCAUAGAAGAUACACUACGGCACUGUGAGAGGGAACCCAUCAAAGGGGAGACUAAAUUAUGUGCCACCUCCUUGGAAUCCAUGCUUGAUUUUGCAGGUGCAGUAUUGGGGAAAUUUCAACCCCAUUUCCAAGUUCUAACCACUUCCCACCUCACAAAAUCAACCACCCUUUUCCAGACCUACACCAUUCUGAAAAUUCCUGGGGAGAUUUCAGCUCCCAAGAUGGUAGCAUGCCAUUCCAUGCCCUACCCUUAUGCAAUUUUUUACUGUCACAGCCAAGAAAGUGAGAACAAGGUGUUUAAGGUUACUCUAGGUGGUGAGAAUGGAGACAGGGUGGAAGCCAUUGCUGUUUGCCACAUGGAUACCUCUCAGUGGAGCCCUGAUCAUGUGUCAUUUCGAGUGCUUGGGGUUCAGCCAGGGACCUCCACCGUGUGCCAUUUCUUCUCUGCAGAUAAUCUUGUAUGGGUUCCAACACCUGUGCCCAUUUAGUAAUUAUGUAUUGCAAUGUAAUCGUUGAAGUUUCUGUCCUAAUAAAUGCAGACCAAGGCCGUUUCAUGUAAAUAGUGUUCUAGUUUGUAGUGUAUCAAUGAAGAAAGUGGUGUUGCUGUAUGCCAAUAUCAUAGGAUUGUUUAUGUUCAUGUAAAUAGUGUUCUAGUUUGUUUAUGAUCA